AUCGGCCGCUAUUCGCAAUUUCGAUAUUUCAUUUCCAUAGAAUUAAACUUCACUUGUCAUUACAGUGUACCAGGUUGACUGAGAGAAGUUCUAAUAAUUUUAUGAAUGGUUUCUUUACCUUGGAAAGAAAUAAUAAAUAAAAGCACCGCCAGUAUUACGCUACCGAUAAAAAAGUCCUCACUAUCAAAGUACAAAUACACAUAUCAGCACUGUAAACAUCGAUUUGUGUGUCGUAAAAAGUGUUCUCUUUUAUACAACAAUACUGUGAUAAGUUUUAAUAACUGUGACUAUGGCUAAUAAAGACGACUAUUUGACUUAUUAUCGCGAGUUUUUUGAAAAUUUUGCUCAAACCGUUAACCCAAAUGAUCAGCUACCUGUUAAAUUGGCCAGUUAUAAAUUGGUUAAUAUUGAAGUAGUCGGAGGAAUUAUAGAUUGGACCACUCAGUAUUUAACGCAAAAACAAUGUCCGGCAAAUCUUAUUGGACCGCUCAUAAAAAUUGUAAUAGAAGAAAUAAGGAAAGCAUGCAAGAAACAACCCAUUUUAUGUGGAUUCAACCCAUCAGACAAUGCCUACGAACCCUUGAAGUUAAUGCAAACCGUAAUGGCCAAGACGAACGAAGUAUGUCUCCGUUACCUGGACAAUAGUAUGCUAUGCUCCUUGCCCUCUCCCGGAACCCCAUACUUCCCAACCAGCGUGUACGCUGUCAAAAACUCAAGGAGGCGAAUGGAAGAUCGCCAUGUCGUCAUACACGACCUAAAUACUAUGUUCAAUAUUCAGGAAGCUAGUCCGUCCAGUUAUUAUGCAGUAUUCGAUGGUCAUGCGGGACACGACGCCGCCGCCUACAGUUCUGCCCACCUGCAUCAGUUCCUUGCCGAAAACAAACACUUUGUUAACAACCCCGAACAGGCCUUGCUUGAUGCCUUUUGUAAAACAGACGCUUUAUUUACCGAUAAGUGUAAAGUUGAGAAUUUAAGUAGUGGCACAACAGCUGUUGUCGCUCUGUUGCGACCCAAGGAGAAAUCAUUGUACAUAGCCUGGGUGGGAGAUUCGCAAGCUCUCUUGGUGAAUCAGGGUAGGGUGCUGCAAGUUGUGAACCCGCACAAACCAAGUCGACAGGACGAAAGGGAAAGGAUAGAGAAGCAAGGAGGUUGUGUCCUUUUGUGGGGCACUUGGAGGGUGAAUGGCCAAUUAGCAGUAUCUAGAGCAAUAGGUGAUGCAGAGUACAAACCAUUUGUUAUCGCAAUACCUGACGUGAGGGAAAUACCCCUUGAUGGAGGUGAGGACUUCUUGAUUCUAGCCUGUGAUGGUCUGUGGGACUUCGUGUCAGAGGAUCUUGCAGCCAGGACGGUCUACAAUUUGGUAACGGAGGAUCCAGGUGACGUCGAUCGAAUAAGCCAGUACUUGGUCCAGCUCUCGAGAGACCAGGGCUCGUUGGAUAACAUAUCGGUGAUAGUUGUUUUUCUCCGGGAACCGUCCAAGAUAGCAGCGGAGGCCCACUGGGCAAACCGCAACCGCACCACUACCACCAUGGACGCCAGCCUCGAUAACGCCAAUAAUCCCUUCGCCAUCUCUAAUGGCGCCCCCACAGACAACAUCAUCUCCCAGAAAUCCGACGGCCUACUUUUAAAUCUCACGGACAACUUCAAACAGAACGUCGUUGCAGGUACUGACAUUUCGCCUACCGCAGAUUUUUACCCGAAGGAAAAAUCGAACGGUAAAAGGUCUGCUUCCGAGUUCGACGAUGACGACUUCGGUCCUGAGACAGACGUGGACGCCGUGGACGACGCGCUCUCCCCAGUAGAGACCGCCAAAGGUUUCGGCGACGUAUUCACCAACAACAAUCCUGCCGAGGGGGUGUGCAACCCCUUCAUCGAGCACCAGGAGAAGGCAGCCCUGGAAAUCGAACGCGAGCUUCAGAAGCAGCAGAGCGCCGACGCAGAGGAACCCAGAUUGGCCAGAGAAGAGACUCCCACACCUCCCGCUGAUGCUGUUCAUGAUGUUAGUGGGUUAGUAGACAACGCCGCAGAGAGUGAAUCAGAGGACGAGUGGAACUAUAUCAAAGGAGACGACGCCAAUAAGGAGAAUAUUUCUCCGCAGCCAGAAAAAGAGGUUGCUGAGGUGCCUGAAGAGGACGACACCAUGUCUCAGUUGAAUCCGAACGCUGCCGAAUUCAUCCCAGUGUCGCCAACUCGAAGCAUCCCUUCUCCAGCAUGCAGGCUGCUGAACGAUCAGGUGAUCUCGCAGUCUCCCAGGAGGCCUACUUCCAACGAUAUAGACAUAAACGUACCCAAUGCUGUGGAAUUCGAGAAAGAAGUCAAAUCCAGGCCCAGCGAGGUGGAAUCCUAUAGCAACGGACACGAUGAGAGUGACCAUAUAUCAUCCGCCGAUUUAAUGGAGAACCUAUUGAAUGGGAAGAAUAUCGACGAGAUCCCAGAGUUCCAGCCUGGCAGCACCCCAAGCAAAAUUGUGCCAAGUGAUGAGUUCCAUUUUGGUCCCAACGCAGCUCCCUUCACACCCGCCAAAUUCAUGGACCAAUCCGAAACUGGGCUUUCCACGAGAGCCGUUUAUGGUGAUGAGUCAACUGCCACCUUGGGCACGUCUUUCAAUGAAUCGGAGGCUUCCCAAGAUACCGCAGCCGAUUUAAAUUUACUUAACAAGGAGUCCGAUCCUAUGUCAAUGUCGUUCUAUGCUGAUAAAGGGGAGAGUAAUCCAUUCGAUCUAAAUCAGGUUCACAUUUUACCUGAAGAUCUCGAUGAGUUCCUCAAUAAACCAGACAAUACCCCCUUUGAUGAAACUAUUUCUGAUUUGCCCGAACAUCAGCCGCUGGGCGAACACCAGGAUACUAUUAUAAAUAAUGACGAUGCUAUUCAAAUAACCGAUUUGGACAAGCAGUCAUAUGAUGAUGAAAAAGAACUGGCAUCCCCAUUGGAACCCGAAAAAGAGUUAUCAGAGGUGUUGACUGGAGGUGAGGAAUGUGAUUUAUCAAAGACUCCAGAACCUACUCAUGAAAACUUGCUGGGACAGGAAUUCUGCGGCGUCCUAGAACCCUCCAAAGCUUCAGAGACCGAAGCAUUGCCACGAGAUGUCGAACUGAUAUCUCCCGAACCUAGCAGCAAACUUUCUGAAUCCUCUCACGAGAACUAUGAAUCAAAGUCUCCAUUACCCGGCGCAAUCGAAGUUCCAGAUUUAUUGCAAUCACAACCUGAGAGUUUACCACGGGACGUUGAACUGAUAUCACCAGAGCUAAAGUCCUCAAGACCAGGUUCAUCCCUAACACAUGAAGAAUCAUCAAAAUCUCCACAGCCAGAAGGUAUAGAAGUAGAAGAUCUGUUGAGAGCAGAGUCAAAGUCUCCUGCUCCAGAGGCUACUGAAGUUAAUGACUUGUUGGGACAACCUGAUAAUAUACAGUCAAAGUCACCUUUACCAGAAGCAAGUGAGGUAAACGAUUUGUUGCAAGAAAGCAAAUCGCCUUUACCUGAAAGUGAAUCAAAAUCACCUGCUCUCGAAAUUCCUGAAGCCCCAGAAACAAUUAUUAGCCCAACAAGCGAUCUUCUUGAGACAAAAUCUCCUGUCGAUGAAAGGUCUGAUGCUGAAUCACCAGUAUGUGAACGCCCAGGAUCAAAAUCACCUGUUUGCGAGUUGCCCGUGUUAAAAUCCCCGGUUUGUGAACUGGAAAAUGCUAAAUCUCCAGUGUGUGAAAGGCCUAUCUCGGAAUCUCCAAUUUGUCAAUUGGGCGGGUCCAAUUCCCCAGUUUGUGAACGACCUGUCUCAGAAUCGCCAGUUUGUGAAAGGCCUAUUUCAGAAUCGCCUGUGUGCGAUAAACCUACUGCAGAAUCACCGAUUGGUGAACAGUCCUUUUUACCAAUUUGUGAAAGGCCUGUCUCAAAGUCGCCAGUUUGUGAAAGACCUAUUUCAGAAUCGCCUGUUUGCGAAAGACCUACUGCAGAAUCACCGAUUGGUGAACAGGUUGUUUCACUAAUUUGUGAAAGGCCUAUAUCAGAAUCACCAGUUUGUGAAAGGCCCAUCUCAAAAUCGCCAGUCUGUGAAAAGCCCGUGUCAGAAUCACCAGUUUGUGAAAGGCCCAUCUCAGAAUCGCCAGUCUGUGAAUUACCAGUCUCAAAAUCACCAGUUUGUGAAAGGCCAAUCUCAGAAUCGCCGGUCUGUGAAAGACCAGUGUCAGAAUCACCAGUUUGCGAAAGACCUAUCUCGGAGUCACCAGUUUAUGAAAGACGUAUAUGGGAAGCGCCAGAUUGUGAAUAUAGAGUAGCUACACCUCCUAUUUCUGAAUCACCAGUUGUAGAGUUGGAAGUUUCUAAAUCUCCAGCUCCAGAACUGGAAACAGCCAAAUCACCUAUUCUAGAACCAGAACUGGCCAAAUCUCCAAUUCCAGAACCAGAAGUCGUCAAAUCUCCCGAACCGGAACUUGCCAAAUCUCCCGAACCAGAACUAGCAAAAUCACCUGUUCCAGAACUAGAAAUGUCCAAAUCUCCCAUUCCCGAACCAGAAUUGGCUAAAUCUCCUAUUCCAGAGCCAGAACUAACAAAAUCACCUGUUCCAGAAUUAGAAGAGUCUAAAUCUCCAGUUUGUGAACUGCCACUUUUGAGGUCACCAGUUCCACAAUCGGAAACACUUGCGCCUCUUCUAUGCGACAUUUCUGCAUCAAAAUCACCAGAACUACUAGACUCAAAACAUGUCGAUACCCAGGGACCUCUUACACCCGAUUAUACCAAGGAAGAGGAGAUUGUGAAGGCCGACACGCAUUUCGAAUUGAUCUGUAAAUCACCAGAGGAUCUAGGAGACAUUACCCCAGAUUUCACAAAACCGUAUGAGAUUGAGAAGGCUCAAGAACAUUUCGAGGGAGUAUUCAAGCCCAAAGAUCUCUUGGAAUCCCCUCAGGAGGACGUGACUUCUUCGUUGAAAGACGAAGCUUCCCCAGCCCCAUCGCCGUUACCCAGUGAAGUAAUCGAGGAAAGUUUCGUGGCUGGCCAAGCAUUGGAAGUUGGUGCUAUGCAAAAUGUUUCAGACGUUGUAGAAGAAUCCAUUAUAGAAGCAGCCUCGCCAGUACCAGAACUCGAAACCUGUCCCAUCAUGUCUCCGAAGUCCGCUGCCGAUACGGAAUCGGUGGUCACAUCGGAAGUCAAUUCCUUGCUCGAGAAAUCGUUGCCACCGGAGAUAGCUUCAUCAAUUAGUCCUACACAAGACAUCGAGGAAAAGCAGCGUUUCGUGCCCGACGUGUUGGAUUUAAAUCGCCCUCCUAGCCCGACCAUCCAGAGCCUCUCUGCACAGGCAGGAGAGGAAAUCGACAUUAAGACUGAGAACAUAACUCCCGAAUUCGCAGUACAGACGAUUGUGGUGACCCCAUCUGAGGAGAGUAAACAAGAAGACGUUCCCUCGGCUCCUCCAGCAGAAGAGCUAGUACCGGAACCCGCAGUCGAAGAACAGAAGAAAGACGCUCUAGCAGUGGGAGUACCUGAGGCUGUCGCUGCUGCUGUAGGAGUUGCCGCAGUUGCGGGAGUUGCAGCUGCCGCGGUACCGGCCGUUGUCAAAUCUGAGAAAGAAGAGAAGAAGAAGCCCGCGUCUACAGUAAAGAAAACGACCACUUCAAAGAGUGCAACGACCAAACCGGCAGCAAAGACGUCAACUGUCGCUCCUAAGACGUCGCCUCAUUUGAGUGCAUCCCCCAGAGUUGCCGCUGCAAAAACAAGUGCUGCAAAAUCACCAACUGCCACUCCCAAACCCUCGGCCACAAGGCUUUCCCCAAGGCCUAAACCGUCCACCACAGCAGCCCCCAAAUCCACGGAAAAGAAACCUCUAACCAACGGAGACGUAAAACCCACCGGUAGGUCCUCGCUAACCUCUAGGAAGGUCACUUCAGAAACAACGACCACCGCCGCAAAGCCUAGGACGUCCACUGGCACCACCAGAUCCAGUCUCACUAAGCCUGCACCACCAAAGCCCACAACGGCAAGGCCUACAUCGGCGACGAAGACAACGACCACAACAAGGACUACGACUACCACAGGCGCAACCAGUGCUGCUCCACCCAAGCCCAGGCCUACGACUUUGUCACACAGAACCGCCACUACUACCAGCACCGCAGCAAAGACUCUUUCUGCAACAAAGACUCCCCCUGCUAAGACGUCCCCGAAGACGGCCACGGCUCCCAAGCCGAGGCCCCCAACCACUACAACGGUGCUCAAACAGAGGGUACCACUGACCAAGACUGUCACCAAGGCCGCUGAUACCGAGAAACAGAACAAAGAGAGUGCCAACAAACUGACUGCUUCCAGGACUGUGACCAGCACCACCAGGACUGCCUCUGCCACAGCAAGGAGCACAACUACUACACUCCGCAAGGUUGAAAGCAAGGUUUCAGCCACACGAACAUCGAAAACGACCACGACCACUAUGAAAUCGACCACAGCCAAGAAACCCACCGAGCUAGUAAGGAACGUUACGAGCAAGACAAGGACCACAAAAGUGGAAAAGCCGAAGCAGAACGGCGUGGCCACCCUCGUGACCGAGGAGAUCACCGUCGCCACAGUCGUGAACAACACGAUCGAGGGCAGCGAACCGCAGCUGCUCAAGGACAAUUCCCCGAUGGACAACAAGCUGAUAAUGGAGAGCGCGCUCAUCCAGACCAACACCGCAGACUGAAGGAGAGUAAGCACCCACUAACGACCUAUCAUGAUUAUAUUAUUUAGCAUUAUAUUACGAAAUAACUGUUAUAUUUAAAAAAAAUUUUUAUAUCUUUAUGCCCCUUAACUACUACUAUGUGUGUAUAGAGCUGUGGUAAUAUUUAGUAACGAGUAUAUCUAAGUGGUGUGGAUAUAAGAAAGACUUAUGCUGUAUUAAAAUAUAUUUAAGGUUAAUUUAUAUACGGUAAAUACUUGGAUUGACGAUGUAGCUGUCGAUCAAAAAAAAUUUUUGUAUGUAUACCCUAAGUUUAGCUUUUACUGCUUAGGUGUGCUGAGAUGUGAUUGCUAUGCACUCUUCUGUAUAUAUUUAUAUAUUUAAAGUUUAUAUUCAUAAAUUUUAUAAUCGGGUGCUAAAACUACUGUUGUAUUGGCCUUUUAGACGCGACGCGCGAAAUUUUUUGGGAGACGAUCGGGAAGAGGGUUCCUUUGAGCCGGUCCGUUGUCUUUGAUCCAAUUUUAAUUUUUUUUAAAUGUUUUUUAACUUAUUUUAUCGAACGAGGCAAAUUGGAAAAAUAAGGAUGUAUUCUUAACCCUCUAUCAUUAUUAUCAUUAUAUCCGUAGUUGCUCUAACUUUUAUUUUUUUUACUUAAGAUUUGUUUUAUGU